AUGGCCCCAAACCGUUUUACUCGAGCCAGAUGAUAGGCCCAUGGCGCUCUAGCGCUAGUAGCAACCAGUAAGGUUGUUUUCGUAAAGUUUAUUCAUAAAAUUACUAAAAGGCCCUCCAUGCUUUCUUCCGUUCUCCGCCACCUGAAUUCUUAAUUGGCGGGCGGUGACGCGGUGUGAUGUCGGUGGUCAAUGUUUACUUCCUACGGUGCUGGUGCCACAGCCCUCCUUGUACAGUUGUACACUCCCUCGUCAGCCUGCGCAGCUGUGCUCCGCUACCAUGGCCGGCUGGUCGGACCUUCCGGACGAACUCUUAGUUCUCAUAUGGAAACGGCUGAACUUGGUUGAUUGUAUUCGCUUCUCCGCCGUUUGCCCCUCCUGGAAAUUUGCAGCAGAAGGGAUGCUGAAUCCUCUCGACCCUCCAUCCCCCCACUCACCCUGGCUUAUGCUCCCGGAAACCUACGCUGAAACUCGCAAAUUCUUUAGCCUCUCAGAGUAAAAACUCUACAAGAUCAAAUUUCCCAAGCAGUUCUGUAACGCUGUCUGCUUUGGGUCCUUCCAUGGUUGGUUGGCACUCCAGGACGAAAACUGUGAUGCUCAUCUCGUAAAUCCUUUCUCUCCUACAGUCCCUCGAAUCCGACUCCCACCCCACCCGUGGCGACUCUCCCCUAUGUUUCGAACGCCCGCCGAUCAGAAUCCAGUGCCGUAAUCGAAUAUAUAUUUUCCGACGGAUUCUCCGACACCCCUGCCAACCUCCGAGGGUAUUUCAUACAUAAAGUGGUUCUGUCCUCAAGUCCAACGUUAGCUCCGCACGACUACAUAGCCAUGAUAACCCACGGCGAGCAAGGAGAUUUGGCCUUCUGUAGAGCUGGAGAUGAGUCAUGGACCAUUUUGAGGAGAGGCUUCCGUCCUUACGAUGACAUCAUUUACCACAAGGAGAGAUUCUACACAUUGGGUAAUCAUGGAGGUUUAGACGCUUGGGAUGUUUCUUCCUCUUCUCCCAAGAGGACUGUAAUUGCACAGGUUCCGCCAGUGUUGACUGGUGGCAGAGUUAUUCAUAAGAGAUACUUAGUGGAGUCGUCAGGCGAUUUAUUGUUGGUUCUGAGGCAUGAUUACUUCGAUGAUGACGCCAACAGUCCUUCCCAGCUACAUAGAACAGGUGGCUUCAAGGUUUUCAAGCUAGAGGAGCGGAGCUCUAUGAACCCCAGGUGGGUGGAGGUGAAAAGCAUAGGUGACCGUGUGUUGUUCUUGGGUGACAACUAUUCUGUUUCUAUCUCUGCUCGUGAAUUUCCCGAAUGCAGUGCGAACUGCAUCUAUUUCACCGACGACAAUGGACUAGAUUGCUCCAUAAAUACAGAAUGGGGAGUUCAUGAUUUGGGCAUCUUCAACAUACAAGAGAAAACCAUCCAGUCAUGUUACCCAACAGAAUCACUGCGAAUUAUUGGCCGUUCGGUUUGGGUUACUCCAUCUCUAUAGCUUUUUUAGCUUGUUCAUUUGAGUUGUGUUGCUAUUUCUCCUAUUUUCUUCACAUCUUAAGUACUAGAUGGUUGUGUGCAUGCUCUCUGUUACAGAAUACAGUUUUUGAUUCUUAAUAUUGCCUUCUUGCCAGACUGGUAUGUUCAAUUUCUAUUGCUUGAUAGGCAAUAAAAGAAUUAUAGUUUAGUUCCUUUCUGCGACAGUAAUUUCCCAGUUCACAUCAAUGUUAAAGGGGUGUUUCUCUUUGUUAA